GCAGUGCAGCUAAAAAGAACAGGCCAUUAAAUUCAGCUAGUGGAGCAUGGUGGAGCAAUCGCGGGAUCCUAACCUCACAUUCGACGUUAAUAAAGUCGAUAUUUAUUUAAAAGAUGUUAAAAAUAUUGCGAGUUGCUGUUCGUUUGGAGAGAGUUUGCACAAUAAAAUUCGAAGGAAUUAGAAAAUAUGGCAAUCAGGCAACACAGCUUAAAUAUCCAAAGAGAAUAUUCUCUGGGAUUCAGCCUACGGGAAGCGUACAUUUAGGAAAUUACUUUGGUGCCAUUCAAAAAUGGGUGGAAUUACAGAACUCCGGUGAGGAAAUUCUGUGCAGCAUAGUGGAUUUGCAUUCUAUUACCUUGCCACAAGAUCCUCAAAAAUUAAGGGAGAAUAUUCUGCUAAUGACGGCGACAUUGAUAGCAUGUGGUAUAGACUUUAAAAGAAGUAUCUUGUUUCAACAGUCCAAAGUGCCGAUGCACACACAACUGUGUUGGGUCUUGUGCACAAUCACAACUAUGCCAAGGCUGGCACAUCUACCACAAUUCAAGGAAAAAAGUGAAUCCUUGAAGAGUGUGCCUCUAGGCUUGUAUAUUUAUCCAGUUUUACAGGCAGCUGAUAUAUUAUUAUACAAAGCAACACACGUUCCGGUUGGACAAGAUCAAGCUCAACAUAUUCAAUUGGCACAAGAUUUAGCACAGAUAUUUAACAAACGAUUUGGACAAAUUUUUCCAAUACCACAUACUCUUAUUAAUAAUGGUCCAAGUCAAAGAAUCAGGUCUCUACGUGAUCCCACGAAAAAAAUGUCAAAAUCACACACAGAUGCUAAGUCCAGAUUAAACAUCUUAGAUGAACCAGAUGUAUUGUUGGAGAAAGUGAAAAAAGCUGUGACUGACUUUACAUCCGAAGUGACUUAUGACCCAGAAAAACGACCUGGAGUGACCAAUUUGAUUGAUAUACAUUCUUUACUCACUGGAAAGAUGCCAGAGGAAAUAUGUAAUGAAGUUGUAGGUCUGAAUACAGGACAGUAUAAAUUGGUAUUGGCAGAUGUAAUAAUAGAAAAAUUAUCUCCAAUUCGCAACGAUAUAUUGAGACUAAUUAGAGAACCUGCCUAUUUAGACGAGAUUUUGAAGGAAGGUGCAGAAAGAGCUACAGAGCUUGCGACAAACUGUUUGAUGGAAGUCGAGGUAAAAGUUUUAGGUAAUAAUGCGCAAGAUGUGAAAAAUAUAACGAAUACUGUGAAAGUUAUGUAGAACAAUUAUUUAUUGUUAACAAAUUAUUUGUAAAAAGUAAACUAAAUUUUUAUAUACAA